UCAAGGGAAGUUGGGGGCAUUGGCAGAUUGGGUGGGAAUUGCAUCUGCAAACUGCAACGACUCAAGUUGACGUUGACGCUGGAGUUGUGCCCUAAUUCAUCAGUUUGGGGGAAAGAAAGGAAAAUCAACCAUCGCUCUCAUCUCAUCUCCUCCAUUGCAAUUUGCAAUUAAGAACGCAUAAUCAUAUACAAAAGAAUUAAUUGGCGGAAGGAAACAAUGAGGGGUGGGAGAAAGUCGAUCCACGCGAUCACGACAUGGGUGCGGCGACAACCCCCAAAGGUGAAGGCUUUUCUCGCCGUCGUUUCCGGCAUGGCGGCUCUCGUCUUUCUCCGUUUCAUCGUUCACGAUCACGACAACCUUUUCGUCGCCGCCGAGGCUGUCCACUCCCUUGGAAUUUCUGUUCUCAUCUACAAGCUCAUCAAAGAGAAAACUUGUGCCGGAUUAUCGCUCAAAUCCCAGGAAUUGACGGCUAUAUUUUUAGCUGUCAGGCUGUACUGCAGUUUUGUUAUGGAAUAUGACAUACACACCCUGCUUGAUUUGGCUACUUUGGCAACGACACUCUGGGUUAUAUACAUGAUUCGUUUUAAAUUGAAGUCUAGUUACAUGGAGGAGAAAGACAAUUUUGCUAUAUACUAUGUGGUGAUACCCUGUGCUGUGUUAGCCUUGUUUAUUCAUCCAUCAACUUCUCAUCAUUUAUUGAACAGGAUUUUCUGGGCAUUCUGUGUAUAUCUUGAAGCUGUGUCAGUACUACCCCAAUUGCGAGUCAUGCAGAACACCAAAAUUGUUGAGCCAUUCACAGCACAUUAUGUAUUUGCUCUGGGUGUCGCCAGAUUCUUGAGCUGUGCUCAUUGGGUUCUUCAGGUGUUAGAUAGUCGUGGACAUUUGUUGGUUGCCUUGGGGUAUGGAUUAUGGCCGUCAAUGGUGCUUAUUUCAGAAAUUGUCCAGACUUUUAUCUUAGCUGAUUUCUGUUACUAUUAUGUCAAAAGUGUCUUUGGGGGACAGCUUGUUCUCCGCCUACCUUCUGGAGUGGUGUGAUUGAAGAUUCACUUCACUGCAUACUUGCAUUUAAAUUAACUAUAUGGUCGGCUAUCAUUGUUGGAGUCCAUAGUGCAUUGAAAAAGUUUGGCUCCUUUGAAAAAGCUGGUUCUUUGUAAAGUUAGAGAUGAAGGAAAAACUUAAAUAUUUAUGUUUAAGGUAUACAGUAUUUCCAGUUGGAAAUGCGUUACACAUAAUGUGUCUAUUUGCUUAGGCUCAUGAAAUUCAGUUCUUGAUUGAAAUAUUCCACGUUAUCCUAAGUUAA